AUGGACGAUAUCGAGAAAGUCUGCGUGAUUGAUUUCGACGUUCAUCACGGUAACGGUACGGAAGAAAUCGCGCGCUCGUGGACCAACCGUCAUAAGCGCGAACAGAUGAUGCGCUCGUCGUCUUUGUCGGCAAAAAAGCAAAUAUUCUUUUGCUCCAUUCAUUUAGCCGACGACGGAGUGCGGAGUGGCAUUGAGUUCUACCCGAACACCGGUGUAAAAGAUGAUCCGUUAGGGAACUGCUUGAACGUAGCCAUCGCGCCUUUAUGGGCUAACGGCAUCGAAGAGAAACGCAUCAAGACUCGUAAGCGACACUUUGACGAACAAACGACGUUAUGCGAAGAAAAUAACGAAGCUACGAUGAACGCUACGCAAGAUACGACAACUACGACCGCAAAUGUAACAACAGCAGUAACAACAACAACAGCAGCAGCAACAACAUCAACAGAGAAUAGCUCGGCGGCAAACGAAACCGGUAGGGAAGCGUGGAUGAGAGCGGUGAAGGAACGCCUCGUCCCCGCGAUUCGCGCGUUUGCGCCAAACUUAUUAAUUAUGAGUGCCGGGUUUGACGCCGCUGAGACGGAUUUAGGAAACGUAGGUGUCGACAGAAGAGGCGAACGGAAAGUAGGAGUGAACUUGCAACCGAAAGACUACGAAGAGAUGACCGCUCGAUUGGUCGAAGCAGUCGAGUCGUGUCCGGAGGCCAAAGGCGUGGUUUCAAUACUCGAAGGCGGGUACGGCUCUUACGACGCAAGUAGUGGAUUGGAUCGCGACAUUUUAGCCAAAUGUUGCGUUUCGCACGUCAAAGGGUUGUCCUCGUUUGGUUUCGAUAAGUCGACGUACCAGUAA